AUGUCCCUGUUGGACUACUGGGACACCCUGCGGCCGUCCGUCAAGCGCAGAAAAACUACGGCGGAUGAUACGGACGACACUACUAGUCUGAGCGAUGCUGUUACGGGCCGGGAGGAUGGGCUGGAGCUACCGGAGGCAUCUGCGGUGAAUCCAGAUGUGUCGGACCCUGUGUGCACACCAUGUCUAGGCCAAGAGCCAGAGGGAGAUGACCUUCCCUUUCCCGCGAGCCAGACGGAACUCGAGUCUUCGCUCCCCGCCAUCGAGACAGAUAGCCAUGCAAUUGAGGAAUACGAGGCCUCCCAUUCCAUUUUAGAUCAUGAGGAGGAGCCGGGGCUACGGGAACGACUGCGAGAUGGCAAGUGGCGGAAGGGGAAGAGCUCCAUCUACGUGGAUGCGUUCAAUCUCGCACUGGAAACUGUGCUAGAUGAGGAAGCGCAUCUAUUCGAUGAGGCCGAGAUGGAGGUCUUCAAGCAGUGGAAGGAGCUUCCAUAUGAAUCACAGUACUUGUAUGUACGGCUUUUUCUCCGGAAGACCUCAGCCUGGCACCGGAUCAACCGGCUGGGCUACUACUCCGACAUUUCAGACCUCACAAGCGUAGUGAACGACCUCCAGCGAACCCGUACUCUCCCUCCCAGCCCAACCGAGACCCCCAUCGACAUGGAACACCCCGAAACGCCCAAACUAGCCACCCAAUUCCACUUCGCCGACAAAACAGACCAAAUCACCACCCUGGAAGAAGCCAGCGCCCUCCUCCUCCUCGACGAACUCAAGACCCUCGCCAAAGACGCCAAAGUCCAAGGCAAAAGCAAAAAGGACCUCCUAACCGCCCUGCACCGCGCCAGCCAACAGCAAACCGGCCUCGACUGGACCAACUCCAAAGCAACCGCCAACCGCGCCAGCCACUUCAUCCACAAGAUCCUCGACUACACAGGCGAGUGCAUCCGCCUCGCCACGGCGCCACGGGCACUCUUCGAGCGCGUCCAUCUCGUCUUCUACCGCUCGACCGAAUGGACGGAGAAAUCCCUCACCACGAUCAUUCUGGCGAAGAUCUCGCGCCGCAAUUUCCCGGACUAUGUGGUCUGCCGGUCGAGUUCGAUUUUCCCGUCUCGGGCGUUUCUCCUAGAAUUCGAGUCUGCGUUGCGGACGCAGUUCAACAUAGACAAGAUCCUGGAGUUUAGUGGCACGCCGACGGUGCAGUCGCUAACCCAGGUCCGGGAUUAUGCAUGCACGGUGUAUCCGCGGUGGAAGACGCUCUGUGAGCAGGAGCAGCAGAAGGAAGACAGCGUGUAUGAGUGCGGGGAGGGGGCGUAUCUGCGACGCUUCUCCCCCGCAUGGGUCUACACGCGAAUCAUCCACAAGGGCCUCUACCCGCUAGGCAGGUUUAAAGAGUAUAAGGAGGAGCAUCGGCUUCUGUCCGAGCUACUGGGCCAGCGGCUGUUUCAUGCUGCACGCCGGGGGUCAUGGUACCAGCGGAAAGCACUCCUGGAGGAACACUAUCUGUGGAACUUGGUGUCAUGGGACGGACGCAGCGAGGACGCGCAACGGAAGCACUGGCGACGCAUCGCGUUGCAGACCUGCGAGGAGGGACUCCAGGAUCCGGACUGCCACUUGAUCUACCACUAUGAUCUGCAGAAGCGGAUUAUGAAGCUCGAGCGGGCGCUGAAGGUGGUUAAACGGGAGCAGCAUGACUUUAGUCAUGUCAUGUUGGCUAAGCCCGCGGAACGGACGGUCGAGGGCAUUCGUAUUGAGCGCGAGGAUUCGCCCGCGCAGGACGAUUCGACGAGACGUGGUCGCCCGACUGUCUGGGUGGAUGAGCGGGACGGGGGCGAGUGUCGCGUCGAAAGUAUGUGUUUGAGCUGGUAUCGCGACCUGGGGUGGAAGGGGUAUCAUUCUGAGGGAGGGAUUGUUCGGACGCUGUUCGGCUACCUCUUCUACGACAUCCUUUUCACCUACGUCCCGAAUGUCUUCCAGACGGCUUUCCAAACCUGUCCCUUGGAUCUCCAUACGGACGCCUUCUACGCCACUCGCGCUUCGGAGAUCAACCAUCGUUUGGUGGAAAUCACCAACGGCGAAUCAGAGCGUAUCCUUCGUGCUGUUCAUGCUCGUGAAGCACCUCGUCAGCCCUGCGCCAUUGGCAUCGAUUGGACCUUUGAGCUGGAUGACCUCGUCGACAUCGUGCGGUGUUUCCGUGGCGAGGCCCUCGCGGCGAUCUGCAAGGUGCUGGCGCAGGAGUAUCAGCAGCGUGGCGGUGGGAUCCCGGAUCUGUUUCUGUGGCGGGUGAAGAGUCGCGAGGUGAUGUUUGUUGAGGUGAAGAGUGAGAAUGAUCGGUUGAGUGAUACACAGCGGUUGUGGAUUCAUGUUCUGGGGGGUGCCGGGGUGAGGGUUGAGCUGUGUAAUGCGGUUGCUAGGGAGGUGAGGUAUCUAUAG